GCCGCGUUGCCGGAGCACAUUGCGAACGUUGCGCAGGAGGGCGAGGAAGCACCUGCUUCCAACGAGGAGGUGGAGGGAAUGCGCCUGUGAGAGGGUCCGAGUGCGGUGCUUGGCGCUCGUGCGCGAGGCUGGGUUGCGCUCAGACUGUGCACACGUUCUUUUGAUAAAAGGAAACGUGGAAACGAGCCGCUGAGACUUUGCGGUUUUCCGCUUUUUUUGCGGCUGCGGUGUGACCGACAGCCAGCCGGUGGGAAGCGUAGAUUGUGGGGAGGUCUCUUGCACUUUAUGCCGCAUGAAGCUUCUUGUUUCAACCAUGACGCUCCCUGCGUUUGCGCCUUUUAGCGCGCCGCGAACUGUUGCCGGGCGCCGCUGCGCGUGGACGGAGGGGGGGCGUUGAACGCGCAGCCUCGGACCGACCGCGGGCGCGAGAGAGCGCGGGGGCGAUGCACGGCUCGUUUCUGGAAGAGCAGCGACGGCAGCGCGAAGGGAACGGCAGCAUCAGAAGUUAAAGGAGCACUGCAACGCGUUCAGCGGGGGAAACUGAUGCGCGUAAGAAGGGAUGCCAGCCAGGCGUGGCUUGAGCUUGAACAUCCAAUGUGAGGAUGCGUGGGGAGUAUGUAUAUAAUAGAGUCUUUCCAUCUGAUAAACAGAGAUAUCAAACUGGUGAUUAAAGCAAAGGACGACCUAUAAACUCAGAGGACUCCGCUGAUUUGGGAGAGCACGGCGCGCGGGGCUCGCUUUGUGCGUGCGUGCGUGCGUGCAUGGACCGGACUUGUGUAAAACUUCUCUUCCACUUCUGAGUCAACGAGACGGUUUCUAGAUGCCUGCGCUGAAUUUGACAGCUGUGCACACAAUGGCAGAGGUGGGCAGUUUCCUGGGGACGGUGGACUUGGAUUUACAAAGCUUUCCUGCACUCGGGAAUAUGCCUCUGCCGGAGUCUCCGGUGGGGCUGAAUGAGCGGCUGGGGCAGAUUGAAGGGAGGCUGCAGCGGGGGUCGCCGACGGAUUUCGGGCACCUGAAGGGGAUUCUGAGACGGCGGCAGCUCUACUGCAGGACAGGGUUUCAGCUGGAGAUAUUCCCCAAUGGGACCGUUUACGGGACGAGGCAGGACCACAGCAGAUUUGGUAUCCUGGAGUUCAUCAGUCUGGCGGUGGGCCUGGUCAGCAUCAGGGGGGUGGACGCCGGACUCUACCUGGGCAUGAACGAGAAAGGAGAGCUCUACGGGUCGGUGAGUCGACAACGCGCCUGUUCAUUCACCGCCGUCCUGCAGUCAAGAGACCCGAAGAAGAAGCUGACGGCGGAAUGCGUAUUCAGGGAGCAGUUCGAGGAGAACUGGUACAACACCUACGCGUCCACCCUGUACAAGCACACGGACACCGGCCGCUUCUACUACGUGGCCCUGAACAAGGACGGCUCGCCCAGGGAGGGCAGCAGGACUAAAAAGCACCAGAAGCUCACCCACUUCCUACCGCGGCCGGUGGAGAUCGAGAAGAUCCCUCAGGCCUACAGGGACGUGUUCCAGUACAGCGGAGCCGCGACCCCAGAGGCGAGGGAGGGGCUUUCUGGUAAAAGCGCCGCCGACGCGGACGGAGGAGGCCCACGCCAGCACCCAGCUGUGGAGCGAUCCGGACAAUCACAACAGGUGCCAUGCGUUCUGACGCUCGGUGGUUUCGGGCAGUAGAUCCCACGAGGAGAUCCAGAGAUCCAGCGCGGUCAAGACAGAAGACGGCACAUUCCACAGACACAGAAGGGAACAGUCAGAAAUACUGGAUUGGGAUUCAUCAAGUCACAUCAGACUGAAGAUGAAGGUUUGGAUGGAAGGCGCCUGUGAUCGACGCGUGACGGACGAGAGAGCACUUACUGCACACGUUCGUGGAAACACCCAGAAGCAGGAACUGUAGGUGAAGCACAGGAUGAAAGCACUUCUCCGACUGAGGCGGCAAAAGGAAGCAUGGCGACUUGUAAUGUUCAGUGUCAGGAACAUUAUUAAUGCAAGCAGCUGAGGUGUAUGUGGGUGAUCCUAUUUAUGAGAUGUACAAUAUAUUUAUUUUCUACAUAUAAAGUAUAAAUAUAAAUCUAUAUAUUUAUUUAUUGCAAAGAUUUUAUUUUGUAAUGAACUUGAAGUUAUCUGGACUGUAGAUUCUACUGAGACGACACAAAAACCAGAGAACCGAGGAAAACGAGAACUGAAUUGAGCGCGACAAUGAAAUUGUCUCCGAGAGCUGGUUGUGAGGGGCCGUUUUUGCUUGGAUUCAACUCUGAUGUACCGAUUAAAACCAGAUAAACGGCGGCCGCGACUGUUGUGCUUCUUUGCAGACCUGUCAGAGCCGCGUUGAAUCACCGCCUCCCCUCGUCUGGACAAGCGCUUAGGCGCUGCUGAUGCAACGCGAGCGAAAGGCGAUGACGGCUUUGCAGCAAGGUCACGAUUAUGAAAUACCCGAUAUGUAAGGUCUUGAAAGGCAACAAGCACAGGAGACACUGGUAAAAAGAUACAGCUGACUUUUUCCCAUGCUAUCCCAUGCAAAUUUGCCCUCAUAAACCCUUUAUCAAGUAAUGUGUGCAGGCCCCGUCUGUCUCCACGAGGUCUUAGUCGCUCUACAUCCACCGUACAAAAUCAGAUUCCUUAUGCAACUGGAUCCUGACUCCUAAUUGGCUUUACACAUCAGCCGGGAUUUAGGGCCGUGAUUGGUCGUUCGUCGCAGGGGCCUCUCAGACUCCAGUGCAGCAGGUCUGUUCAAUGGACAGAAACAGCUGCCUGCCGCACAGAGAAACAGCAGGGAUGUGCUGCGAACCUGGAGCGGCGGUAAUCUGGGGCUAAGAGGGGAUGGGAUCAACAUUUCAACAUCUGCAAUAGUUGUAAUGUUUCUCCACUGGCAGAUAUCUGUAAGCUUUGAGAGCAAGCUCCCCUGGGGGGGAGGGAAUGGAAAAGUCAAAAGACAUGCAGGGGGAAAACCCUGGCAGACGGAGAAAUGAAAACAAUACUGGGAAAGGGGAAAAUAGAUGAAAGAUUGAAAGGAGAACAGAGUGGGACAAAGGUCCACUUUGCGGUGGGUGUGAAACACAGGGACGCAGCACCUCACAUUUCUGUCUCAUGUUAAAAAAGUUUAAAAUUGUGAAAACUGGCAGAAAUAUGAUAAACAUUUAUUCACUAUAGAUAACUGAUGUGUGUGGUAAAUAAAAGCUGAGGUCAGAAAACGCAUUGCUUAGCUGUUAGUUUGGAUUCUUGUGCAUCAUCUGUGCACUAACGUCACAGACUUCCCCCAAAGCCUGAGCGAUGGUUAUCAAUCAGCAAAAACCCUGUGGGUCAGACACAGACAUCAGGGCACAGGUGGAAUAAAACAGACUCAUUCAACUUAAGCAAAGCUGCAAAUCCAUUAAAAACCUUUGAUUCAGAUUCAAUGCUCGUCUUUUUGGUCACUUUAUUAAAUGUUAUAUUAAAUACUUAUCAAGAUAAUAGCAGAAUCAAAAUGGCAAAUUACAUUGGUGUGUUUGCGAACAUAAGAACAUCUGAAGAGGGCUAAAAAGUUUCUCUACAUUAAAUACACCUUGUGCAAACACAGGAGCCAACGAGAGACAACAGGCGUCUCCGUGUAAAUGUAUAUGUUCUUUGUGUUUAACAGCUACACCAGUUUAAGCGAUUACGAGUAAGAAUGUGCCAAAGUAGACUCCAGGCAGCCUGGCGUCGGCCCGGUGAGACGAGCGCUGAGGACGACGCGUCUCGCGAAGCGGCCCAAACGGACCAGCCGUGGGAGACGCGCAUCUCGGCCUUCCACGGGCGAGCGAAGAGAGAGAGAGAGAGAGAGCGGGGCCCACGGCUGAGCCGGAGCCGCCCUGUGAGACCGAGUCACCGGAACGUGGGAUCAACACAAGGGGAACGUGAACAAUGGAGAGACGCGGCGCUGCGCUACGCUACGCUAGACAACACGUGACGAUGAGAAUGUUACAAAAUGUUCAUAGGAACCAGCAGGCAGAUUUGAACAACACAAGCAUUCCGUUACUAUGUUCAGCGACGACUAAUGUAAACACUUAAAAGCAUAGAAAAGAUUCUCAACAAACCUCAGAACUUUACAGCUUUUUAGGAAAUAACAUAAGGCCAUUUUUUCUGUUUUCGUUAUCAAUUUCACUCACCUACCAAAAAGGAUCAGGACUCUCUGCGUGAUUAGACUUUGCUGGAAUAAUCUAGUGGGUCUAAUUAUCAUGUAGCAGUCCUGUCACCAACAACACUGGUCCCACUCAGGUUUAGUUAGGCAUAAACAACAGUAGAAAAUACUGAGCUUAAAUAAUAAGGAAACCCUUUUUGAAGGGGAAAACGACACAAUGCCUAAAAGCAUUGGGGGUUAAAACUUGUUUGUCUUUAAAUACAAGAAAAUGAAUAUAGAACUUGAGUAACAUUAAGGCGGUAUAUACAUUUUUUUCCUGUUAAAACUGAACAGACCUUUCACACAGUCGUUUUUACAUCAUCUCCCACCUUCUCUCAGUGAACUACA